CGUUUCCCUACAGCCUCAGGCUAGUACAGGAAGACUCUCCCUUCUACUUACCCAGAUCGCCACUGACAGCGACGGGUUUCGUUUUUCAAUAGACAGAAUCAAAGUUCUUAAACUGAUCUUUUGUUUCCGCCUGCUGGCAGGUCAUACUUGACGACCACCACGCGCGACAAAAUCAUCCAUUGUUUUUGCUAAAAUAUCUGUUCAAUCGAAAAUUCAAUGAGCAAAGUUUCCUCUGCAUCUGGAAAGACUCCGACGCCGCUCCCUACGCAAUCAGCUUGGGCAAAGGGCCCGCCGCAGAGCAGUUCAUCUUCAGCUGUUCCCUCGCCGCGAUCGCAGUCUCCUGCUCCAAACCAUGUCGCUUCCCCAAUAACUACUUCUCAUUCGAGACGUCCAAGUGCGUUAGGCCAGGGCGUGUCCGUAAAAGAUGGCGUCUCUGUCCCUCGAAAUAGUCUGGGUUCAGUACGACCAGGAUCCGUUGUUUUUGGAUCAAUAGAUGAUGCCUCGGCCCCAGUAUCUUCAUCACCGGCCGCCAUUCCCGCCGUAAAAACCGAAGUCGUAAAGUCUUUCGGAUCCGUACCAGCUACCUCUUCAAACCAUGUCAAUGGAAAAACUCCUGCUUCCGCAUCGACCGCAGGGUCAUCGAAGCCUGCAAGACCCGCUUUAUCAUCCACUCCCUCAAACUCUACCACUCCUCCCUCAACAUCAACCGCAUCCACCCCCAAACCGAGUAAAGCAGAUAUUGCAAAGCUUUUCCAGAAUCCCUCAUCGUCUUCCCAACCUCCCUCCGACAUGGCUUCUCCUUCCACGCGACACUCUAACCUCCCUCCACAUCACCAGUCGUCAUCUUCGUCACAGCCGCCCCCGCAACCUUCCCAACUGGGCGCACAUUCUUUUACUCCAUUCGUGCCUGGUAUGCGUCAAUCACAGCAGCCUGCUGGCACACCACGUUCGCCUGCAUUUCCCCGUGCUGUGCCAAAUAUGCAAGCCCAAUCCAGACCCGGUCCUGGGCCGGGGGGUCCCGGUGGCCCUAAUAUCCCUGCCAGCCCUCGCAUGGCUCCCCACCCACAUCAAGCCCCUCCUGGAGGUGUAGCUCCUAUGCAGCCCAUGCAAUGGGGCGGAUACUAUUAUAUGGACCCGUAUCAACAACAACCUCCUUGGGGGUAUUAUGCCAUGCCCUCUCAACAUAUGCACCAACAACCUCACCAACAACAUGUCCCUCAUGCCCCUCCUCCCCAUCAACCCGGCCCACCUCUUCCCAUGUCACCUCGCCCCGCAGCCCCCCAACUUCCUGGUACACCUACCAUGGCACACGCUGUCCCGCAUCCCCCUCAUACUCCUCAACCGCCUCCCUCUGUAUCAUCUCCACCACCCACACCCUCUACCGCCAACGCACCCCGUCUUAACACGAACGCCAGCGCCUUUGUCCCUCUCGGGCGUCCAUCAGCCAAAGUCACCAUCAAAAGUCAGGAUGGCAUGGAAGUGACGCUCGAUGCGCUCAAGAAGCACAGUCCCCAACCGCCCUUAGUCCCCAUCCCCCCUGCGUCUCCUGUUGUGAGCAGCCGACGGCAAACUUCGGUUUCGGUUCGGAUUGAGAGCGAGGAUUCGAAGCGCUUGCGUGAGGAGGCUGCACGGAAGGAGCAGGAGAAGAAGGAGGCUGAGGAGCGUGCGAAGAAGGAGGCUGUAGAGAAGAAGAAACGUGAAGAGGAGGAAGAGGCUAGGCGGAAGGAGGAAGAAGAGGCUGCUCGUAAGAGGAAGAUUGAGGAGGAUCGGAUACGCAAAGAGGAAGAAGAAAAGGAGCGGAUACGGAAAGCUGAGGAGGAAGAGAAGGAGAAGGAGCGUCUACGCAAGGAGGAAGAAGAACGUCUUGAGGCUGAGCGGAAGGAGGAAGAGGAGAAGGCACGUGUUGCACGGGAAGAGGAAGAACGGAGACAGCAGGAUGCUCUUGCGGCAGAGGAAGCUCAACUUGAAGCUGACGAAGCUAAUGAUAUCGUUGAGACUUCGUCACCUGUCAGCGAGUCUCAAGAUCCCGAGGACGGCGAGGUGUCUGAGCCUGGAGAAGUUGCUGAACCUCAGCUCAAUGGCGAUAGUGCGAAGAAAUUGAAGGAGGCACUUCGGAUAGAUACCUCGGCGAUGCCCCCUCCUAGUGAGAUUCCUCGAAGACGUCCUGGUCCCCUCGACCUUGCUUCAGUGAAGAGAGAUAUUUCCGCGCCUCCCGCCUCUGCACUCCUCACCGCACGUGUCAUCGAGAAUCUUAGUGAGGUGGCAUAUCCUGAGGGCAUCAAGAGUCCCAAGGUUGAGCUUAAUGCGAACGUCAGGGAUGGCCGAUUCAGAUACGAUCGUGAUUUCCUCAUGCAAUUCAUGCACAUCUGCAAGGAGAAGCCACCCACCCUUCCUGCUCUCGAUGUCCUUGGCAUCGAACCUGUCGAUCAGUCCUCCUUUGCCAUGGCCCGUGGUGGUUCUGGACGUCAUCGCAAUGCCUCUGGCGCAAUGCCCCCCUCAGCCACCCGUCAGGCUUCUGUAGGUCUAGGCAUCGGCGGUUUCCAGAAACCCUCCAUGCCAAGUCCUUUCCAAAUGGGCAACUUCCAGUCCCCGGGAGGAAGCAAGCUUACGAGCGAGGAGCGUUUUGCCCAGUCCAACGUCCGUUCGGCAUCAACAAGCAGCGCGACUGCUCUUCAAUUCAACCGCUCCCCGAUGGUGCGCACGUCCAGCCAGGGUGGCCCUGGUCAUCCCAUGGGCAACAACCGGGUGCGCAGUAAACGUGGUGAGAAGCGAGGAGAUGCUAACAAAUCGACGAUGUCCCAGCAAGGACACGGUUCAGGCUUUGGAUCAUCCAACGUCGCACCUAUACUGGGCGCAGGCUUCGAACCCGUCGUACCCCUCGAAUUAUCUGCCAACCGUUGGGUCCCCGCGAGUACGGCGCGCAAGGUUGUACCUGAAGCUGACUCACCUGAGAUGGUGGACCGUAAAGUCAAGGCGCUGCUCAACAAACUUACGAUGGAGAGAUUCGACUCUAUUUCAGACCAGAUCAUCCAUUGGGCGAACAAGAGCGUGAACGAGAAAGACGGGCGGACGCUCAUCCAAGUCAUCCGGCUUGUAUUUGAGAAAGCGACUGACGAAGCUGCUUGGAGCGAGAUGUAUGCGCGAUUGUGUCGGAAGAUGAUGGAGCAGAUCAGUCCGGAGGUGCAGGAUGAUGGAAUCAAGAAUACGGAGGGGAAACCUAUUGCUGGCGGUCAACUUUUCCGGAAGUAUCUUCUUAACCGGUGUCAAGAGGACUUUGAGCGCGGGUGGUUCGCCAAGGAGGCUACUGCUGCUGCCGCCUUGGCCAAGGCUUCUGACGACCAAGCUCGGAAAGCUGCCAACGAGAAGAAGGACACGGAGGAAGCUGAGCUCUAUUCGGAGGAGUACUACGCCGCUCAGAAAGCUAAGCGCCAGGGUCUCGGUCUCAUCAAGUUUAUCGGCGAGCUGUUCAAGCUGCAGAUGCUCACGGAGCGUAUCAUGCACGAGUGUGUGAAGAAGCUCUUGGGCAACGUCGAGAACCCCGAGGAAGAGGAGAUUGAGAGCUUGUGUCAGUUGUUGAAGACGGUUGGACAGUUGCUGGAUACGCCGAAGGCGCGUGCGCAUAUGGAUGUUUAUUUCACGCGCAUGAAGGAGUUGGGUAAGAGCCUUAAUGUUAGCUCGAGGAUGCAGUUCAUGCUUCAGGACGUCAUUGAGUUGCGUGACCGGAAAUGGGUCAGUCGCAAUGCUGUUGCUGCUCCUACGACAAUUGCGGCUGUUCACGAGUUGGCUGCCAAGGAGAAAGCACUUGCGGAGAAGGAGUCUUACAACCGCCAAAUAAGCAUGUCUCGUGGUGGUUCUCGACGCGGCGGCGACCGCAACCAAGAGCAUGGGCCAGAUGGUUGGGCAGUUGCAGGCGGCUCUAUUCCACGAGCACCUCCCAAAGCUGGUGAUCUCUCACAGUUCGGCAAGAUCAGCAAGGGCGCUCCGGGAGCCAUGGUCAUGGGUCCAAGUAGUGUCUUCGCAGGCGGCAAGAAGGACAGCAAGCGGGAGACGCUAUCACGGACGAAUUCGAGUUCGAAUAUGUUCCACAUGCUCAGCCACAACCCUGAACUCACGCCUGAGGCUGCUGUCAAGCCCAGUCGUCCGUCAAGUCGGAAGCCGAGCGUUGACCUUGGUCAUGCUGGUGCUCCUGAACCCACUUUGCAACGCAGGAAACUGCAGCUUCUUCCACGGACCAAGCCUGCUGAAGAGAACACGACGACUCCAUCAGAGGACGAACCUGACAGUGCACCCAUUGCCAUGUCAGAAGCAGACGCCAAGAAGAAGAUCGAUGAAGAUGUCAAGGAGUUCUUCGCUGUUCGCAAUCUUGAAGAGGCCGACGUAUACUUUACCAAUCUUCCUCACGAGCAUCGCUUCCGACUCGUAGACAAGUUGGUUGCGUCCGCACUUGAGAGCAAAGAGGCGGAUGCGAGGUUGGUGGGCGAUUUCUUUGCGCAGGCUACGAGCAAUGGACAAUGCUCGUUUGAGGUAUUUGAGGAGGGAUUCAUGCCGAUGGCUGAGUUUUUGGACGAUAUUGCUAUCGAUGCUCCCAAGGCGUUUGACUAUAUGGCCGUGAUGCUCAGGGGUGCUGGAUUCGAGAAGGAGCCAGAGCGGCUUCGACGGAUUGCUUCUAAGCUCGAGGAUAGCGACAAGCUAGUCUCUCUUGUAGCUUAAUGCACACCAUCCCACUCCCACUAGCCGUUUUUCGAUACAUUUGUUCUUUUACCUUACUCUCGCAUCUCGCAUCCCUGCAUAUUCUUUUUUCGUUUUCGUUUUAUGAUCGUAUUGCGCACGUUCUUGGUGUUCUGCAACUAAUAUAUGUACAUCGCACGGCACUUUUUGCGCUUGUCCUGUUCUUUUUUGUUAUCGUUCACUACAUGGCGGCAUAGGCUACAGCUAGCAGUACAUCAGGUACAAGCAAUGCAUUUCAGUUGACGACGGUUCGUCGCUUA